GUCUCAAAGAACAUUUCUGGCGCUGCGAACAGGAUCAAAUUCGUACAGAAACACAAGUUUUCCUGGUCAACUUUAGUUGUUAAACGAGACGAUCCAUCGAACCAAGGCGAGAAAAACGUAGUAUGCAGAAGACAUCACCAGUGAUCAUCCUCUUGACGACCCUAUCCCUGGGACAUCCGCUCAAGAUACAAGAAAUCCCCAAUAACGGCUAUUAUGCAGAAGACAUAGGCAAAUCAAACGAGAUAAAUCAUUAUCAUAGACAUAUUUUACAAAUCAAUUUAGAGAAAUUAACUGAUACUUUAGAAACGAACCCUAAUGACCUUUUCGAUUCACCUUUAGAAAAUGGACCUUUAGCCCCUUUGAAAUUUCAAUAUAAUUACCUUUUAAACGAAGCAAAAGAUAAUCUUCAUAAAAUCACCCGUAAACAUAAAAGAGGGUUGUUCAACUGUACGAAAUCUGCACCAGCUUAGCUGAACACAUCAUCUGUACGAAACCUAUAAGAUCGCAAUGCAAAAUCCCGAAUAUAGAGAAUUGCACCAAGUCAAUCACAACAGAGAACUUUUCACAAGAAACCAGCAAAGUAAUUCUAUUAGGAAUAGUUCAUCCAACCAUAAUUCAGAACCAAGAAAUUAGGAGAAGUAGCAUCUUAAUGACAAACGAGCCAAUUACUAUAGAAGGAAUACGAUACAAUAAGAAAAUUGUGCAAGAAAUUACAGUGCCGCAAGUAGUCCCAAUCAAGCUACAUCCGAAGCACGAAAUUAUGCUAGAAAAACUCCAAAUUCCAGAGACGCACGGACAAGUUCAACCCAUUGAACCAAUCCCACUC